CGCCCCACCCCGCGCCCCGCCCGUUACGCCCCUCCCAGCUAGUCUUCCCGCCGCCGCCACCGCAGGAACUGGCCGCUCGGGGUCCUGGCCGAGACCACCGCCCCCCGCGCUCCUGCCCGCAACCAUGGCCUCCUCCGAGGUGGGGCGGCAGGUGCUCUUUCAGUCUCAUAUGGGAAUGAAAACAACUUGUAUGUCCUCACAAGUGCUUGAUGAUGAACAGAAAAAAAAAGAAAAUAUUCGUUCCUUGACUAUGUCUGGCCAUGUUGGCUUUGAGAGUUUGCCUGAUCAAUUGGUCAAUAGAUCCAUUCAACAAGGUUUCUGUUUCAAUAUUCUCUGCGUGGGGGAAACUGGAAUUGGAAAAUCAACACUGAUUGACACAUUGUUUAAUACUAAUUUUGAAGACCAGGAAUCCUCACAUUUUUGUCCACAAGUGAGACUUAAAGCUCAGACAUACGAGCUCCAGGAAAGUAAUGUUCGAUUGAAAUUGACCAUUGUGAACACAGUGGGAUUUGGUGAUCAAAUAAAUAAAGAAGAGAGCUACCAACCAAUAGUAGACUACAUAGAUGCCCAGUUUGAGGCCUAUCUGCAAGAAGAACUGAAGAUUAAGCGCUGUCUCUAUAGCUACCAUGACUCUCGAAUCCACGUGUGCCUGUACUUCAUCUCACCAACCGGCCACUCUCUGAAGACACUUGAUCUCUUAACCAUGAAGAACCUUGACAGCAAGGUAAACAUUAUACCAGUGAUUGCCAAAGCAGAUGCAAUUUCCAAAACUGAAUUACAGAAGUUUAAGAUCAAGAUCAUGAGUGAACUGGUCAGCAAUGGUGUCCAGAUCUACCAGUUCCCCACAGAUGAUGACACUGUUGCUAGGAUGAAUGCUGCCAUGAACGGACAAUUGCCAUUUGCUGUGGUAGGGAGUAUGGAUGAGGUGAAAGUCGGAAAUAAGAUGGUCAAAGCUCGCCAGUACCCUUGGGGUAUUGUACAAGUGGAAAAUGAAAACCACUGUGACUUUAUAAAGCUGCGGGAGAUGCUCAUUUGCACAAACAUGGAGGACCUGCGUGAGCAAACUCACACUCGCCACUAUGAGCUUUACAGGCGCUGCAAACUGGAGGAGAUGGGCUUCACAGACAUGGGCUCUGAGGACAAGCCUGUCAGUGUUCAAGAGACUUAUGAAGCCAAAAGACAUGAAUUCCAUGGUGAACGUCAGAGGAAGGAAGAGGAAAUGAAGCAGAUGUUUGUGCAGCGGGUCAAAGAGAAAGAAGCCAUAUUGAAAGAAGCAGAGAGAGAGCUGCAGGCCAAAUUCGAGCACCUUAAAAGAGUUCACCAAGAAGAGAGAAUGAAACUUGAAGAGAAGAGAAAAUGUUUGGAUGAAGAAAUAGUUGCUUUCUCUAAAAGGAAAGCUACCUCUGAGAUAUUCCAGAGCCAGUCCUUUCUGCCAGCCUGUAGCAACCUGAGGAAAGACAAGGACCGUAAGAAGGGACCAGGCUAUCGAUUCGAACUCCUGUGCAUUGAUGUCAGAGCUUGUGAAACCAAUGGUGGACGUAAAGAUGCAGAGAAAGGUAGAGAGGGCCACAGUGCAAGGGGUGGCCAUGACUAGCCCGGAUGGUCAUCUCAAGGCUUGUAGGUUGGGGUAUGUGUUAAAAUCAGUUACCAAAGUUUUAGAAAUUAAGUUUUUUUUCCUUUUUGCUAAUUUCCUUUGUAUUUUGUGCUCCUCAUUUUUUUCUCCCACUGAAAAUGUCUUGUCAGUUUUAACUGUGUGUUGCUGAAAUUCACCAUGACCUGUUCUGUUCAGAAUGGGCCUCUGUGGAGCCCUUCCUUGGUUGCUCUGGCUACAUCUGUGUUAGCUGCCCAAGGUCUUCCUGUGUCCCUCACAGGGCAGCCUUUCUUCUGGUUUAAUUUUCUCACUACUUAGAUUUCAUACUCAGCAUUUUCAGAAUAUUAACAACUCUAGAAUAUUUAGGAAAACAUAACAUUGGCUCAUGGUGACUUUCUGUUUUUUAAAUGUAGAGAAGUAAAUCCACAGAUUUGGGUGGAUUUCCCUGGCCUUAUAAGUUUUAUAGUUUCUUUGAGGAAAAAAGAAUGAAUUCUUUUAAUGUAAGCUGUACAAGGGCAGGGAUCUUUACUUUGUACAUUGAUGUAUCCACCCCUAUAGCGUAGACCAGUGCCUGAUACAUAGUAGGCAUGCAAUUAUUUGUCCAAAAAUAAAUAAGAUAGUAUAAUAGCUAUGUUUUAUUAAAGCAUUGAAUUUCAAAAGAUAAACUACAUAGUAAAAAUAUAAUUUAUUACUGGUUUUCAGCAUGCUUUGGAUUAUAAAGCUAAGGGAUCUUUAUCCUUCUUAUCCUUUCAUCUUAAUCCAGUGUUACUAGAAUUUUAGAUUUCCAAUUUUUUUCCAUGUAGGAAAACAACUUAGAUUUACUUUGUAAAAAUUAUCACCCUGGGCAGUGCCUGUGGCUCCAAGGAGUAAGGCGCCAACCCCAUAUGCCGGAGGUGGUGGGUUCAAACCCAGCCCUGGCCUCCCCCCACCCCACCCCCCUGCCAAAAACAAAAUUAUCACCCUGUUCCACUUGAGAACCAUGCUAUUAUUUGCAAAAUGAGGGCCAAGCUAAUAGUUUUUUGAGAGCUCUUCUGGAAGAAUUUAUCCUCAAGAAAAUAUGGUUUGGUGUUUUGGGCUUUUUUUUUUUUUCUUUGUCAAUAGGUAGA